AUGCCCGAGAUCAAACGCAGCCUCAGUCGCCUAUCGAUGCUGGUAUUUCGUGCCACUCAUUCCAGCGAACAAAGUUGGCGUGAUGAAUUACUAAGGUAUCGUCAGACACGUUUUAGUUCUCGACGCAUACGAAAACGCGUGAUAUUCAAACAUGGUGACUGUAAUGUGGUACAAGGUAAUGUUGCCAAACGGAGACGAAGAUAUUUGCAGGACAUCUUCACCACCCUUGUCGAUGCACAAUGGCGAUGGACGCUACUUGUCUUCGCCUGUAGCUUUCUCAUAUCAUGGGCCUUUUUCGGUCUCAUCUGGUGGACAAUAGCCUAUGCCCAUGGCGAUUUAGAAUGGAUUGAUAUGCGUGAUAAUCGUCCCGAACUCAUACAAAAUAUGACACACACUAUGUGUGUGACCGAAGUGCGUUCGUUCAUAUCAGCAUUUUUGUAUUCAAUUGAAACCCAGCAUACAAUCGGUUAUGGUAACCGGUUCGUAACCGAAGAAUGCCCGGAGGCGAUAUUUACCAUAUGCCUCCAGUGUAUAACGGGUGUAUUUAUCCAAGCAUUUAUGGUGGGCAUUGUUUUUGCCAAGUUGUCGCGACCAAAGAAGAGAGCCCAGACGCUGUUGUUCUCUCGCAAUGCUGUGAUAUGUCAUCGUGAUGGUGUGCCGUGUUUAAUGUUUCGUGUGGGUGAUAUGCGCAAAUCGCACAUUAUUGAGGCACACGUAAGGGCGCAGCUCAUCAGAAAGAAGGUAACAAAAGAAGGUGAAGUCCUGCCAUUCUAUCAGCAAGAAUUAAAAGUGGGCGCCGAUGGCGGUGAGGAUCGUCUAAUGUUUAUUUGGCCCACAACAAUUGUUCAUAAAAUCGAUAGACAUAGUCCAUUGUAUAUGUUAUCGGCAUCCGAUAUGUUAAAAGAGCGCUUCGAGGUGGUUUGUAUGUUGGAGGGCGUCAUUGAAUCAACUGGUAUGACAACACAAGCUCGCAGCAGUUAUUUACCCUCCGAAAUUCUAUGGGGUCAUCGUUUUGUCAAUGUUGUAUCAUUCCGCAAAGAAACCGGUGAAUAUGAAGUCGAUUAUACGCUCUUCAAUAAUACCUAUGAUGUGGAUACACCGCUGUGCUCGUCCAAAGAGUUAGAUGACCUCAAAGAGGAAUAUAGUAAAAAUCACAAAGCCGGUUUGGAUCGCGCCUUAUCUGCCGGCCUGCUGAAACACAUUUCUUCCGUUGCCUCCGUGGAUCACAUGGAUCCAGCCAGUGAUGAGUCAUUGGACUCUGGCCGCUUACAUACACGCUCAAAUUCCAUACCAAAUGGUGCAUUGGCCGCCGAAUUGGAACCACUAAAUAAUAAUACGCCCUCAUUUACUGUGGGCGGUUCAUCGAUUCUGCCAUCGAUAACCACAAAUUUCCAAAGUAUUAAUGAAAAAAUCAAUUCCACAAAUGGUUCGAGCAACAACAACAACAUAAAUCACAGUAGCAGCAAUACCAGCCUAAAAGCAAAAUCAUCGCGACGUCUUUCCAUAAAACAAGACCAGCUUCCCGUAGAUUCAUUAUGCUGAUAUUUAAGAACUUUUCUAAAUAAU